GCAGGUGGAAGCCUCCUGAGUUCCACAGUGACUUCACAGAGGAGCGAUUUUGGAUCUGGAGACAGCUGCCAAGAUGGCUCAGAUGAAGCAGGGCUCAAAAGCUGGGAGCUUUGGGUCAUCCAGCAUUGUUAACUGGGCAGAUCAAAUUGGGUCAAGGUCACAAGUGCUGUCUUCUGUGGACAUACAAGGGAGCCUUGAAUCUCGAAAGUCAGAUUGGUUCCAGUCAUCUACGUUACAUAUAUUUGAGGAGGAGAAGGAGGCUCCUGGCUCCUUGACGUCAUCUGUCACCUUUAAUCCGGUGCCUGAGGCCCAGCAUGGGUCUCACCUGUUUGCUGAGAUGCCAUUGGCCAAGGUGGAGAAAAUAUUUGAGGCAGGUCUCAACAAGGCUGGAGUCAUGGACUUGGAAGCUUUCAUUAAGACCAUGAGGAAGGUUCUGAGCAGUGCAUCCAACGACAUGCUGGAGGCGUUGUUUAUGAAGGUGGACACCGACUGUAAUGGCUUCGUCACCUGGCAAAAGUACGUGGAUUACAUGAUGCGUGAGUUUCGGGGCCAGGAGGAGAUGAGGAAGAGCCAGUACCGCCUGCGCUUCCACCUGCCCAUGACCGUCAUCCCCUUGAAUCAUGGAUGUGAGAUUGUGAAAGUAGAGUUUUUGAAGCUCCGGUUCAAGAAGAUUGGGUGUUUCCUGACUGUCAGCAAAGACGGGCUCCUGCAGUUCUGGACAGAGACCUUUUCACUGAUUAACUCCUUCAAGCUGAACAAGAUCCAGCCAUCCCACAACCAGCAGAUGUGGGUCAUUGACAUGGUGUGUCUGCACAACAUGAACCUGCUUGCAGUGGCAUCCACUGAACUGAAGAUCGAGUUCUUUGAUAUUAGUAACCAUCAGUGUGUCCGGGCCUUCACCUUCAUCGAUGUGGACAGCUGUGUGCUGGUCAUGCACUACUGGUCUGACUACCACCGAGGUGUGUUCUGCUAUGGGGACGCCAAAGGCAACAUCAUUGUCUUCACUUCAGACAACAUGACCCACGGACUGUUCAACCCCCACAUCCUCCCCAGGGCCUCCAAAUGGGAUCACUGGACCAACAUUUCUAUGCAGAAGCUACUAAAUGAAAAGUCCACUUUGCAUCGGAGUUACCAUCUGAGGGCUGUUCACCCCAACUGGUGCCAACAGAUCAAGUUCAUCCCCCAGCUGAAUGUGGUGGUUUCCUGUUCAGCCAUCGACAGGUCUUCCCUGGUGCUGUCUGUGUUGCCGACCAAAGCUUCAGAGAAGCCCAGGUUGUCAGUGCUGAAUUUAAGGAAGGGAAUUCUUUGCUUUGAUUAUUGCCCGGACAAGAACUUCCUGGUGACUGGUGGCUAUGACCCCGACAUCUGCCUAUGGAACCCCUUCAUGUCCAAAAAGCCCGUGUGGCUGAUGAAGGGACACCGCACCGCAGUGACACACAUCAUGGUGGGCAGCAAGAACAGCAGCAUCCUUAUCAGCAUCUCCAAGGACAAGAAUGUCCGAAUAUGGGACAUGCAGGACUACGUUUGCCUCCAGUCCUUCUGUGGGAAGCUUUUUGCCCUGGGCAACUGUCCCAUCACCAGCGCCUACUUCCACAGCGAGGCCGGGGCUCUCAUCUGUACCACCUUCUCAGUUGGGAUCCUCAAAGGGUACUUGGAGGCCCAGGGGCCUGUGAAAUCAGGGAAGAUCACAACUCAUGGGGCGCCCCUGUGCGCCGUCCUCUACAGCAAGACCUUCAGACAGGUGGUGAGCGGCUGCCUGUAUGGCACAGUGUAUGUGUGGGAGGUCACGACGGGCAGGAGGAUAGUGGAGUUCUCUGUCCAUGGAGCCCAGCAAGUGGAGCUGACCGCCAUGGCCCUGGAUGAGUCAGAGCGGUGCCUACUCACGGGCUUGCGAGAUGGCACGAUGAAGAUGUGGAACUACAGCACUGGCGAGUGCCUGCUGACCUUCCCCAACCCCGACCAGCUGGAGAUUAGUGGAAUCGUCCACAUGAACAAAGCAUACUACAUUACGGGCUGGAGUAAGAGGAUCACAAAUUUCAUGUUCCACAAGACCAAACACAUGAUCCUGUACUCCCAGUGGCAGACCUUCCACAAAGAGGAUGUCCUGAGCUUGGCCAAGUACCAGAACCAGUUCCUGGGGACCUCCUCCUACAGCGGGGACAUCCUCUUCUGGAACACCAACAUGUACAAACCCAUCUUCAACUUCAAUGCCUCCAAGAGCCCCUUGCCCUUGCAGCCCAAGAAGGUACAGGAAGUGGACAGCUGCCUGUCUGAGGAUCACAGAACCGACGCGUCCUGUGCCGAGCAGAAGGUGUGGGUGCACAAGGCCCCCAGGAAGCUCACAGGCCCUGGCACCAAGACCGUGACCAGCGCAGGCCUGCGACGGAACCUUAUGUCAGCGCCGCCCGUGAUGAGACACUGGAAAGAAAAGGAGCGGGAGAAGGCUAUUUUCCAGCAGGCCUCCUUCAGUGCUGGCAGGAUGAGGGUGACAUCCACACUCCGGGGCAAACAGUUUCUCUACAAAGAGGCUGAGAAGAAAAGAGGAGAAUUCCAGAAGAAGAAGUUACUGCAGUCCAACGCAUCGGUGGAGAAAAUAAUCUUCCUGCAGACCAGGCCUCGCCUGCCGCACACGGCCGCCUUGCUGAGCAGCUGCAUGGAUGGGUUCAUCUAUGCCUGGUCCAUCCAUGGCAACGGAGGCCUCCUGGGCAAGUUCCCCGUGGACCUCAAAGACCACGAGAAUAUUGUGGUGGGCGCCAUGGCCACAGACGAGAAUGACUGGAUCCUCAUCACGGGAGACUGUAAAGGCAGCAUCAAGAUCUGGGACAUCAAGGAUUACUGCGUAUUCGUUGGCCAAGCUGGGAUGAGCGGUUCUGUUCCUGAAGCUGAGAACAAGUUCCGGGUCCUGAUACCUAAAAGGCUGCAGAUCAGCACCCCGUACUAUGUUCCUCUGAAGGAAAAGGAGGUCGUGAUGGGCCAGACCAUCUCACUGGUUCCUCCCAAACUUCUCAUCACCUGGAGGGGCCAUGUGGAUAGCGUGACUGACAUCCUGUACGUGGACAGCUUCCAGCUGGUGAUCAGUGCCGGCCAGGACCGGAACGUCAAGGCUUGGAAACUGUCCGGUGAUGCCAUUGGGACGUUUGGCCUGAGUUUGUGGAAGAGACUCCAGGAUGCCACACUGGACGGUGACCAGGAGCAGGGCACAGCCCCCGAGGUGAGGGCGGACUCAGUGGCUGCCGUCAGCAAGUCCCCCCACCCAGAGCUGCAGGAUCUCGCAGAGGUCUUGGGGUACCAGCGGCGAGAGCAGGUGGUUCUGAUGGACCUGCUGAGUGCAAGGGAGGAUGCAGAGAUGGAGGCCUGGGCCAAGCUGCGGAGAAUAUGCCUGACGUCCCCGUGGACCGAGGAGCGCUCCCCGAGUGACAUCGAGGACAGCUGGAACCAGUGGGAGUCCAAGGGCAGGCAGGUGAGCAAGGUCCUGGGGGCAGCCUACAAGCCCAAGGGGCAGCUACGGGGCACCAGACGCCUGACCACCAUUGUGCCGUUCAGCUGGAUGAAGCAUCAGAUCUCACCUCAGGUCUACCAGAGCCUGCACUGCAGCGAGCUGGUGGCGGUCCAGCAGCCUGACUUCCUGCGGCACAGGGCCCUGGGCCACCACGGCCGGCACAUCCGCUGGGUGGUGCAUGACAUCCCGAGGGACCUGGACACUGCCAGGGUCCAACCCUUGCUGGAAACCAUGACCAGCAUGACCAUCGCCACCUCUCCCUCUUCCUCCUCGCUCUCCUCACCACCCUCCAGGCUGGUCUGCGGUUCCCUGCAGAGCCAGUCCUCUGCGUCCUUGCCACGGCCCUGGUCAGCCACCAUAGCGCAGGCCACAGCCUGGUCCCCCAGAGACCAGAGGCAGCCCUGCCCCUUACUGUUCCCCUGUGGUGAUGCCCAAGGGGUCUGUAAGCCGCCCUUGUGCCCUCUGUGAAGGGGGCUUCCGCCUCAGGGCCUAAGGCCCUGCCCUGUUCUCUGGCCUGCUCAGCAGUGCUCCAGGUCCCUAGGGGUCCUGUCCAGCCCCAGCUGCCCUGUCCU